GAAAAUAUUUGAGUGUUUUUUCUUUAUUUGUGUCACUCCCCUUGUUGGCUACUGUGGCGCUCCACCCUUGCCAGAUAACGUGUGUUAGAACAGGUGGCAGGUUUCCAAGCUCUAAGGCAAAAACACCCGAAAGGAUGGACUUGCCGUCUGACUCGGAAACACAGCUCCUCGUUGAGACUUCCCUGGAGCCUCUCACAAGGUCGAGUCCUACGGGGAUUAGGAAUUCAGAUUCGGAGCUCAGUGAAGAUGACUGCAGCGCGGGGCAGGAGUUGAGCGACGUGUCAAAGUCUGAAAACAAGACAAGACGUGUGGCCAGAAGGAAGCUCCUUGCCGCUUGCGCCGUCAGCCUCGUCUUUAUGACCGGAGAGGUGAUCGGCGGAUACGCGGCUCACAGUUUGGCCAUCAUGACGGACGCGGCUCACCUUCUGACGGACUUCGGCAGCAUCGUGAUCAGCAUCUUCUCCCUGGAGGUUUCGUCCAGGCCUCAAACUCAAACCAUGACUUUCGGCUGGCACCGAGCAGAGAUUCUGGGGAUGUUCCUCUCCAUCGUGUCGGUCUGGGCCGUGACGGCGGUUCUGGUCUUCUCAGCCGUGCAGAGGAUCGCUGAGGGAGAGUACGACAUCGACGGCCAGAUCAUGCUCGUGACCUCGGCCUGCGCCGUGGUUGUCAACGUCCUGAUGGUUCUGAUUCUUCAUCAGUCCGGUGCCUCACACGGCCACAACCACAAGGUCCCCGUAGCGCAGAGGGACAAACGGACUCGGGGUCGUCACCACGGCAGCGCGAGUGUGAAGGCGGCCUUCGUCCACGUGUUGGGCGACCUGCUGCAGAGUGUCGGUGUCCUCCUGGCUGCUAGCAUCAUUCACUUCUGGCCUGAGUAUAAAGUGGCAGAUCCUCUUUGCACCUUCCUGUUCUCCGUCGUCGUCGUCGGAACGACACUUCCCGUCUCGAAGGACGUGUUCAGGAUACUGAUGGAAGGCGCUCCUCAGGGCGUCGGCUCCGUUAGAGAGCAGCUACUGUCCGUGGGAAAAGUCAAAGCCGUUAACGGUUUGCACACAUGGAGCCUCAACAUGGACCACUCUCUGCUUUCCGCACACAUCGCUAUAGAUGAAGGUGCGGAUUCACAGAUCGUCCUCAGGAAGGCAACAAAGCUCCUUCGUUCCAAGUUUGGUUUCUCCAGCAUCACAAUCCAAGUGGAGCGAUGCAAGGCUUCAUCCAAAAGAUGAUUCUGAUUGGCUGCUCCCUCUGUGGCAACCAGCUGCAGCUGGUCUUUAAAAGCUGUGUCCAUUAUUUGGAGUAUGCAUAAAGUUUUCACCCAAACACCAUGGAAAUGAAUGUCAAUCUUACUAUUCCAGGAUGAAAUAAAAAAAUUUUUUUUGAGUUUAUUGUUUGCUCAAAUGACAGUAAGUGAAUAAAUAAACAUUUGGUUAAUUUGUUUUAAAUCAAUCUUAUUUGUAGAGUUAGUAAAGCUUACUUAAAUUGGUUGGUUACCUGGACAACACUUUUGUAAGCAUUGGGUAUAAGCUUUCAAUUGGUUUAGCAUUUUAUUUAUUUGUAGAGACAAUGAAUUUUAAUAAGCGCAGUGUAAAUAUGAGGUUGUAGCCAACGUUAACUAAAUUUGUACAAUAACCAGAUGGGUUUUCUCAAAGGAGAGGCCAUAACUCUAAAAUAUAGAUAUUAAUAUAUCAAACCAUUGUAUUUACAUGAAUGUAAAGAACCUAAGCAAGAUUAUAUUGUACUGUAUUCCACUUUUUGUACAUACAAUUUCCCUUCUGAAGCAAAUUUCUGAAUAACUGGUUGAAGUCAGGGUUGGUUUUGGCAACAUUCUUCUCCAUAAAUAACACAGCCAACGCAUGGAGACGAUCCAGUUAAUGAUGCCAAUUCACAUUGGAGCUAUAAAAACGUAGACAAUUAUAUUAUGUAGGGCCUUUUUUAAGUUGUGCUCCCCAGUUUUUAAUUAUCCAUGCUUGGUCAGAUCCUGCUGUUUGGAUAAAGGAGGCAAGGAAAGCAGAGUGAAGCAUUAGCUAGCAAAACUUAACGUAGCGAAGCUUUGCUAGCUUUGGCUUAGCUUUCACCUCCAAUGUUCUCUUUAAGUUCAUACGCAGUUUUUCUUUCUUCCCCUCUCUGCAAUAGAUUUAAAUAAUUCAAUACUCGAAAACAAAUGGAAACAUUUUGUGUAUUUAUUGAAAAUGAAAAAAAAUUACAAAAGUAUUCACGCUUUUCACUGAGAUCUUGCGGGAGGUAACGGCUGUAUUCGUGGCAAAACUUGUCAGGAAAAAAAGCAGGAAUGUGACAAAGAGCUGAACAUGUCUGCUGGACUCAGAAGGGUUAAUAAAACAUC